CAUCUGGUGGAAUGAUGGUAGUGGGCGGCGGCGGAGGUCACAAAAGUUAUGCGCCUGCUUCGUUACCACUGGACCUCGGGAGUCACAUGGCGUCAUCAUUAGGUGGACUGAUACUACCCGAUCACCAUACGGCAGCCCUCUCGGCCGCAGCAAUGUCUGGCAGCUUCUUGCCCCACAAUCUACCCAUGGGCAGUGGCGGUGGUGGGGUGCUUGGCUCUUCCAGUGGAUAUGCACCAUUCUCGAUGAACGAUGCUAUGCUAAUGGCAGCAGCCGGUGCAGCGGGAGUUGGUCCCGGUGUCAACAGUCUUGGAGUGAUCGGUGGGCCCAUCGGGCAGCCGAGUGGUGCACAUGGACUAGUUGUUGGUGCUAGUAGUGGUGGAAGUAGUGGUGGACCGGCUUCACUCGUGGUUGGACCUUCACCGGCAGCAAUGGCAGCGGCAGCAGCUGCUGCUGCAGCAGCAGCCGCUGUCAGCAGCGUUGGCAGUCAUCAUCUAAUGGGAUCGGCUGCAGGAGGCACCGGAAGCAGCAUUAGCAACAGUAGCAGUAGUAGUAGCACCAAUGGCGGUACCGGCGUCAGCAGUGGGGUAGGGAAUAAUGGAGCAAGCGGAGGGAUUUCGAGCAGCAGCUCGAAAGGGCACGGCAGAGGUGCGACGAACGAACGAGAUGAAUCCUCACCCAUGGUUGGUGUUUGUGUUCAGCCAAGUCCAGUAAUUAUACACUGAGCUGCGAUGUCAGCAUAUAUAAAGUCCUGCCCUGCGCGAUUCACGUUGCGGCUUUGAGCGAAGUGGAAAUUCCGGGCAAUCCCGGGCCAAUUCCCUUUAACAUGAUCACGAUUCCUUAUCAUUCUUCAUUCUCCUGUAUCAUUCGUCAUUCUCCUGUAUCAUUCUCAUGGUCAUAAAAGCAAAGAGGAAGUAAAGAAUAGAAGAGAGCAAUCAACCAGUAAUAGUUCCGGCCCAAAACGGUCUCGUCUCUUGUAUCCGCCGAUGGUUCAGUCUGAGCAUUAUUACGAUCCGAUAACGAGCCAAAUAGUAGCAGCAUAGACAAGAAAUGUCUUUUUGGGUUUUUGUAAAGACUAGUAUGGAAGAAAUAAUCAAGUCACCCUAGCAACAAGAUGACAGGGUUGCUUCGGUUUAAUUACACGAGCUGAGAUACAGCGAGCGUACGGGGAUUGAUUGCUGGGAUUAAUUUUAAAAUAUCCCUUCCCUCAUCAAUCUCUACGAUUGAGCUAACGUAGAAGAACAAAAAAGAAAACAAAAGAAACCAAAUGUUUUUUCACGUAAAAAAAGAAAGACGUUUUGCUAAUGGUACUGCCAAGAAACAAUCGGUUUGGAUGAAAACUUACACUCACAUUUUCACCCCGUCUCAUGAUACAACAAAAACAUUGCAGUUAUAAGUGUGUAUAACUGAGGAGAUUCUUUUUUUAAAGAAAAAACAGCUUAGCAGAAACGGUGCCCAGUUGGCGAAUGCAGGUAGCAUAAGUGAUGGUUCUACGUUGCCCUCAAAUUGUCCAUAAAACAGAUGAAAACAAAGGAGAGAAAAGAAAAAAAACAAACAAGAAUGUGUUCCGAAUUGGGGGUUCAAGAAAUUCCUAUCUUACUACCAGUGUCGUGUUCUGAGUGGGAGAGCGAUGUAAAGGAUCUUCUGGGCGGGAGUAGGCAGGCAGCACAUCAGGCAGGACCGUGUGGACGUGCUACUGUGAUGGAGCAGCAAUGCUGGGAAGUAGCAGUUUACAUGGUUUUCUUUGUUUUUGUUUUUUUGUUUUUGAGCUUUAUUGGGAAAGUCCAUGUAAUAUUUCUCGGUUUUGUGUCAAGGAUGCUUCCAUUUGGCUAGGACACUUGAACUUUUCUGAAAUUUUGAAUGGCUAUACAGACGUGCAGUGUUUUUGGCCGCAUUGCUCAUGCUAGCGAACGGAAUUGCAGAUCGUCGGCCUAUCAAAGAAGCUGCUGCUGGUAUAGCAGUCCAUUCCGCGAAUAAAGCAGUCCAUUGAUUUGAAUUGGAAUCGCAAUCGAACGAGAGACAGCAUGAGCGUGAUAGGUUCAGUUCCUGUUCUCAUACUUCUGAGAAAGCCUAAAGACUUUUACAACAACAACUAUUGAACCAAAUGCUGAGCCUGCUGGGUAAGUUGAGUUAAGUUGACGACCGGUAUCGUUUGGAAUGGAAAGCCAAUCAAAACCGGAGUAACAGUAAGGAUCAAUGGGCGAACUUCGCGCAUCGCUAUCCCGCAUUUUUAAUGGCCGUUGGAUUGAGAUUAGAGAGAUUUGAUUUUAUCUUAAAUCAAUCAGGCUUAGGCGCGCUGCUGUUUUUGCAUCGUGGAAAAAUUCGUUUGAUAAGUAUCAGCACACUCUUGCUCGCCUUUUAUGUGUGCAAGAGGAACCAUAAUCAAGGACGAAGAACGGCUGCCAACAGAAAUAAGAUUUUUUGUCCAAAACCUUGCUGCUACCCACUGCUCAGUGAAUCGGCCACCGACUGGCGGUACUGCGUGUAUAAGGGUGUGUGUGUGUGCGUGUGUGUGAGAGAGAGUGUGUGUUUUUUUUCUCUAUAUGUUGAGUAAUGAAAGGAAUUGCCUAACGUGUCUGUAUGGGACGAGACAGCGCUGACACUAAUCAGGAGCCAGGAACCAGAGAUGUAUGGGAUGAAAAGACCAACGGUGCAGUGAGAGGACUAAUUUAACUUCGUUUUAAUUCAAUAGAAACUCGCAGAGAGGGAGUGAAGGGUGAAAUCGUAGUGUGCACUGAGAGCGAGCCUGCUACACUGUGUGCACCGCUGGUGUACCAGCGCUUAAUGGACACUAUGGGAGAUAGGAUGAAGUGUAACUGCUUAGGAAAGUGAACUGUUUAGAACGAAUUGAGGAUUGAGUGCUACUAAUCUGGCGGACGAUGAUACGCAAACAAACCGGCAGGAUCGACAGUAACACAUAUUGUUGGUAUGGAAUGUUUGAGUGGGCCUAGGAAAAUGCAUGAAUGUCGCAGACGUAAGGGGUGAAUGAACUUUACACGUGUGUACAUAUUAACUGAUUAGCGCUAUAAAUUAAUAAUUAUAAUAGAAAUAAUAUUAAUAAUAAUAUGACUAAUGAUAAUAUCAAUAACUAAAGUAAUAAUAAUAUUAUUAAUCUGGGAGAGCAAACGUUUUCACGUUGUCGUCGCCGCCGUUUGCUGGCGGCGCAAACCACCAGAAGGAAAGGGAA